AUGCCAUCGACUCCCACUUGGACUGGUGAACAAAGUGGUUCAAGCAAGGAUUCUGGUCGUAAUAGAAGGCGAUCUAUAGCAGUUGCACAACGUAUUGCCUCGAUAUUUAGCCCCCAGCCGGACUCUGAGUCAUUUUCCGGACGAGAACAAGCGCGUUUUCAAAAACCAAGAAGAUCUAGUACUCCGGCGAUCGUAACUCCCCUUGUUUAUACGCCUAUGCUAUCCCCAUCCGCUGUUGAUUGUACACCUAUAGAUUCUGGUGGUUCCUCCGCGAUUGAAGAUGACCGCACAGAAUCUACACCUAGCUACUCCAUUGCAUAUGAGGAAAAUAAUAGUGGGGGUAAAAGAUAUGAUUUGGAUAAUAAAUGGUUAAUGAAUGCUUUUAUGGGCAGUCAUGAUUACUGCUGCAGCGGUUUGUCUGCAUCCCAGCAGUAUUUAGUUGACUAUCUAACGGAACGAGGAUUUAUCCAGCCUAAUUUGUUGGUAUCCAACGACGAUGUGUCUAUGUAUGCGGUGACAUCAGGUAAGAUGGUGUUCCUGAAUAACCUGGGUACUUCUGAUGAUGAAUAUUUGAAUAACUUGAGCAAUCUUGACUCCAGCGAUAUGGAAUUUGAAACGCGGGAUGGUACCGCUGCGACGGAUGUUGAUGAUAAUCCGGAAGCCUACAGGGACGUAUGUUCAAACGGCAGUUCUGCCGUAGAGAGUUUGGAUAGUGAUAUGGCUGAUGGGGCGGCUCCGGAGCCGGUAAGACAGUUCACUAAUCACGAAUCUGAUCGUAGUAUCACUUCAUUUAACAUUGCAGUCGUUGUAUCUAUUAAUAAGCCUGUGUGCGCUACGCCGCUACUAGCAAGACUGCUUUCCUAUGCUUGGGUAUACUGGAAUAGUGGGGUGCCUCCAGAGUAUCGUAAGUUUGAGGAGUGUUAUAUUACAGGGGAAUUAGAGUGGAAGUUGACUAAUGAAAACUACAGCCUUUAUGUUCCUCCGUCUCUUUCUCCAGAGGCUCAGAUCAUCCAAAAUAAUGAUAUUUCGUUUAUGCCUAAGUUUUUUAGACCGAAGAGGUCCACUAAUGCCACCGAAAUUGAUAGGAGGACUUUCAAAGAGCAGUAUUUCAAGGAAAAAUUGCCGAACAAAGUCCAAAGGUAUGAGACGGGGCACUAUGUGUUUAUAUUACCUGUAAAUUUUGGAAGCGAUGUCCCUGAGACUAUAUAUGUACCUUCGGGGAGGUUACAUUAUAGUUUCUCUUGCGGAUUUCGAACUGUUAAUAUGGAGGAGGUUAUCCCAGUGUUACAGGAGCCGUCUUCUGGUCUGAAAUCGGAGGAUUCAUCCCCACAGACUAAAAUUGCUGGACAAUUUAUGAAAGCCGUGAGGAAUCAUUUGAGCAUAUUCAAUCCUGUGUCUCAAAGUAAUGCUUUAAAAGGGUUGGUAUAUGGUUCUAUGCCUAUUAUCGUAGUGAGAACGCCUCCGUUGCGGUCAGUAUCUACUGCAGACAAACCAAUCUAUAUCAACAGGGUUUGGAAUAAUUCACUAUGCUAUGAAGUUUCACUGAGUCAAAAAUAUGUGCCCCUUGGAUCGGAACUUCCACUUACAAUCAAGUUGGUUCCUUUGGUGAAGGAUAUUUCGUUAAAACGUUUAAGAGUUAAUAUUGUGGAAAGGAUCUCGUUUGUAUCUAAGAGUUUGGAAUAUGAAUUUGACCAAGUAGAUGCCAUGCUUCAUGAUCCAUGUACUCCAUACUAUAGAGAUUUGCAACUAAAGAGACUUCCCUACCGAACUCUAAGUUUGUUAGAUGUCCGCACAAAAGGCAAGAAGCCAAACGCUCUGAACGAAGAAAUGGUAGAAAACGCUGUCUCGGAGAAUCUACUUGCGUAUUCUAAUGUGCGUGACCGCACUAAUGGUAAUUUGGUUGAUGUCAUUAAGCCCUUAACUAUUAAAACCAAAGUGAGGUUCCCAAAAUUCUCGAUGAUUACCCGAAAAACCGUUCGCAAGUUUCCUCCCUACGGGAUUGAGGAUUUUAUUUCUCAAGAUACGCGCUGCAAUCGUUCUACUGCUGCGCAGGCAGUCUUUGGUUUUAUAUCUGGCAGACGACACUCCCAUUCGUUAGAUAGCCGUGGUUCAAUGUCAGUACCGUCUACAGCCUCAUCUCGUGAGACCCCUACGUAUUUCCAAAGUGAUAGCAGCAUUCCUGUUAGGCACACCAGCAGAGCCAACGAUGCCAAACGCGGACUUUAUAUGGACAGCGUAACUUUCCCUAAUAUUAACGUUAAGCAUAAGCUGGAGGUGGUGAUGCGUAUCAGUAAGCGUGAACCUAAGACAGGGAGAAUCAAACACUUCGAAGUGUUCGUUGAUGCCCCUAUAAUCUUGGUAUCACAGCAUUGCGAUGCACAGAAUAUUGACCUCCCUACUUAUGAUAUGGCUACUAAAACAAGUCUUCUUUCCUCUUCCAUUCUUCCAACAUUUGAGGAAGCAACCAUGGGCACCUCGUCCUCCAGGUCUUCAAAUUUGGCUUCUCUUCAUUUUUCUCCGCACAGCUCGCCCACGCCGCGAACGCCUAAUGAACCUGAUGAUAUUUCUGUACUUCAACUUUCUCUAUCACGCACUGAUUCUUCACAUGAAAUGGAAAAUACUACCCCAUCGUACUUCUCAGGUAGCUUCAAAUUUAGUAACAUGGAUGAAGUACUAAGUUUCAGCUCGGAAGAGUCGGAGGAAGGGCCAUCUUAA